CCUGGGGAACAGGCUGUACAUGCCCCCCGCCCCCCAGGAUUGCAGUGGCCCCAGCCCCAGGGGUUUUCCUGCUGCAGGGGGGACACUGGCUGCUUGCAUGGUGACCGCGAUGUCCUGAAGGGGCCCAGGAAGGAGGCAGCGGCUGGGUCAGGACACCAGGCCCAGGGAAGGAGCAGCCGGAGGUGCAGCCAUUCGCUGCUGUGACUCUGGGCCGGCCUGGGCUCCCGGCCCCGCUCUCCGGCCAGGUCAGAGUAGCCGCAGGGCCAGGUGCCCCCCCCCCCCCACCCCCCAGUCAUUUGCCCACUCAUCUCCUGCCCUUGGUGCCCUGGGGCUGAGACCCUGUCCUCCCAGCCUCUCCCCAGUUCCCACAGGGGUGAUGGGGUGGCUCUGGGUCAUUGACCCACAGGGGAUGUCUCUGCCCCCUGCCCAAUCCUCUGCAGGGCACGGUCCGUCAGGGCUCAUUUCUCACCAUGCCAGCCUCAAGCUAGGGCCCCUGUGUGCUGCACGGACAGCCGUGCCCCCCCAUGCAGACACACCCCACCACUGCGACAGCCCCAUCUUAGCCGGACACCUCCGGCCAAAGCCCCCUGCAGCCCCACCUGAGGGGGCCAGCUCAGGGCUAGUGGAAGCAGGUGUGUCCCUGCAGGUGCGUCCCGCGCUGGUCUUCCUGCCGUUAGCUGGUGCCAGGCCAGGGGAGGGCCUGGCCCCACCAAGGACAUUGCUUCCACCAGCGCUGGGUGGCUCCUGUGGGCCCAUGUGGCCUGGGGUGCUGUCGAUAGCCGGGGCCCAGCUGGCCUGAGGGGUGGGAUGGAGGUCACCCCCCCCAGCCCUGGAAAGCGGCUGGGCCAGCUCCCUGGGGAGGGUGCCUGGCAGUGCGUGGAAACAGGACGUUUCGCCGCUGAGCUGUGGCCACGGGGCCGUUCUGCAAGUGGUGGAUGCAGAGGGGGCCUCAUGUCCCCCUCGUUCCCCUCCUGGCUGAGGCAGGAGCCGUGGGGAGCCCCCACCCUGCCAUGGCCUGUCUGGAUGCAGCGGGGACUCCUGGAGCGGGGGGAUAGAGCCUGUCCCCGGGGGCACCCCCCCACCGCUCCCCAAGCGCGAUCCAGCUUGCAGCGAGGUGCCCACGGCUGGGCACAGAUGCCGGCCCGGGCGUUGCCACGCGGUGGUUCUUGUGCUGAGCUGUGGCUGUCGAAAUCCAGCUGGGGGAGUCUGAUGGACCCCAGACGCCCUCUCCCAGGCCACGGGGCCUGACCCACAGGCAGGGUGAGGAAUGACAGGGCCCCAGGGCUGAGCAGGGGCCUUUGGGGCUGGAAAUCGGGGGUGGGCAGUGGUGCUGGCAAUGGCGGUGCUGCCCCUGGCUUGGAGAAGUAAUAACCCAAAUCUGGGGUUUCCAUCACCAGCGCCCCCACGACAACAGAUAUUCCAGUGUCCCCCCGCGGUCUCUGCCUGCAGGGCCUGGCGCUCCGGGGGCUCGGAGGUGCACCGUGCCACGGACAUGUGCGGCCACGCCAGCGCCUCUGACUCGGCAGGGACGGACGCGGCUCGGCUGCCGGGCGCCCUUUGUUGGGGCAAGCUCCACAGGCCCUCCUGCCUCCUGCUCCUGGCACUGCUCUGCUCGCUGGCUGCGGCCCGGCAGAGCGUGCCCGCCUGCUGCCGCCAGAAGACCUGCCCAUGCCGCGUCUACGACCUGCUGCACGGCCUGGGCAAGCACGCCGCCGGCAUCCUCACCAUGGGCAAGAGGAAGAGCGGCUCGCGGGCCUUCCAGAGCCAGCUCUACGACCUGCUGCACGGCCCGGGCAAGCACGCCGCCGGCAUCCUCACCAUGGGCAAGCGGGCGGAGCUGGCGCCAGAGCAGCCAGCCCCGGCCUGCCGGGCCGCCUCCCCCGGCCCCUCCGGCCCCGACACCCUGCUGCCUCCAGCCACGUGUGCCACCAAGUCUGACCCCACCAACACCAGGGAGUGCCUGGGCCAGCUGGGCAAGGACUCGGCCAAGGGCCAGUGCGGGGGGGCUGCAGGGAGCUUUUCCUGAAAUGGCCGGGGGAGCCGCUGCCCGGGGGGGGGGGGGCGGGGGAGGAACCGCGGCGACUCUUUUAAUGACUGCGGGCACCACG